CUGUCAGGGUGGGGGUCUUGUGGGCGUGUCGUCCUGGCCAGACCCCCUUCUCCUGGAACGCGGGCGGAAGCCUGGGGACCCCGCUCGGCACCCUCCAGGGCCCGCAGGACUGGAGCAGGAGCUCUGGGGGAGGCCCAGGGCAGGUCCCCACCCCGGGAAGGACAGGGCCCCCCUCCUCUCCAGGCAGUGUUCUGGGAAGCCCCACCCUCAGGGGGCGUGCCCUCCCCAGGCAGAGGACGGGGCAGAGCGGGGGUGACACUCCGCAGGCCCAGGCCCAGAGCUAUUUUCCACCCUUUAUCACCCAUCUGUCACGAGGCAGCCUGAGAUCCAGGGCACUCGUAUUACACGCUGUCCCUGCCAGAGCCCAAGGCCUCCCGCUCCCACAUGGGGCCCUGUCCUCGCCAUCCAGCCCGGGGCGGAGGGGGCCCUGCUGGCGCUGGAGGAGGCCUGGGGGGCAGGCGAGAGGUGGUACCCGGAGCGGCUUUACCUGCUGAGCCAACCAGAGCCACACGCUACUCCUCCGUUUUCCUGGCUCCGUGCCAGGUGGUCACACCCUCUCCCUGAGUGAUGACCACGGCUGAUGGCCACGAGCACAGGCGGGUCCCCAGGUCGCCUCUGGGCCCUGACGUGAGCUGCCUCACUCAGCCCCACCGGAGCCACGGGGGAAGCUGCUGCUGCUGUUUCCAUUUUCAGCGGAGCAAACUGAGGCACCGGGCGGACCAUGUUCCAGUAAAUGAAGGCGGCAGCACACGCCCUGAGCCCCGACUCCCUGCCAGAGACGCGGCAUCAGACCAGAAAGAAUGAGGACGCGGCUCCAGGCUCACCCACGCUCAGGGCGGGGAGGCACCGCCUCAGCCCGGCAGGCCGGCAGCAGGCUCACGCAGCCGGUGGCCCCCCAGCAGGGAGCCACCUCACAGACGCCCCGGAUCACAGGGUGUCCGCGCAGAACAGCCUGCUGUCACCAUUUGAUAGACGGGCACACUGAGGAGGGCGACAGGAAGGUCCCCCCCUCUAUCCUGAGACGAAGCCCGCAGGAGCGCCGCAGCCAUGGGGCCGAGCCACGGAGGACCACGAGGCGCGUGCGGUUCCGCGAGCCCCUGGAGGUGGCCGUCCACUACAUCGCCUGCAGGAGGGAGCCCUCCGCCACGGCCAGGGCGCCCGGCCGGCGCAGGCUCCGCGACGGCGCCCUGAUCCUGCGGCUGACGGCGUGCGUCCUGCUGCUGCUGGCGCUGGGGCUGUGCUGCAGCCGGGCCGAGCCCGUGGCGCUGGCCCUGGAGGAGCUCCGGGCCCGGCUCCUGGUCCUCCUCCUGCGCCUGCGGCUCGCGGCCCUGGCCUGCUGGCGCCACCUCCUGCAGCUCUGACGGCCGACACUCACCUCCCCUGGGCCCGGGGGGCAACACUGCAGAGGGAGAGCCCCAGGUCGGGCUGGGGGCUUCCAGACAGCCCUGAGCCCUGGACUCAGCGGGGCUGCUGCAGGCAGGGUGACUGGGAAAGGGGGGCCCACGGCUUGAGAUCAGACGUGGGGUGCUGCGGCCUCGGAUGCAGCAGGCGGCCCCCCAGCUCCAGGCAGGCAGCCCCUCCUAUUUCACAUGUUGGGGUGCCCUGUGAGGUUUUAGGAGAACAAGAAUUCCACCACUGAAACUCAGGGACCCACAGGUUCCAGCCCCCAGGCUACCCCUUGGGCCCCUCCCUCACCCCGGUGGGAACUCUUGGUGACCUUGGGCCUGGCCCGGAUGUGGCCGUGUGUAGCCCCUUGAGGACGGGGACACCCUCCCUAUGUCUGUGGGAGUCCUAGGAGGAGGUAAAACUGGACUUUUGCUGCUUGGGGCCUGCAGCCCAGACCCCGAAACCCCUCUGGGAGAGGCUCGGGCUGCGGGGCGGGGGGUACUCCCUCCUGCAGUCACGUGCAGGGCAGCGCCCCGGAGCCCCCAGCUUGUCUGACGCCUGCACUGGGCCCAAGGCCUGGGGAUCCCCUCUUGCCCCGGCUCCUCCCUAGCCGUCAGCCUGGGGGUGUGGCCGGCGCAGAGAGGACAUCGGGGGGCCGAGAGGACCCCACCACCCUCAGGACACAGCCGUCCGUGCCCGGGUCCCAGCUGGCGCCACGCGGCCUGGGAGUCCCGUGACUUUGUAGACGCCGAGCCUUCGUCCCCGUUGCCAGGCCAAGGAGGCCACGUGAUGACGGACCCCAGGGUCCCCUCAGACGCUGCAUGGAGCGGGGCCCUGAACAAAGCAGGGAGGCCCGUGGUCAGACACCGGGAGGCACCGCUAGGGGAGAAGCUGCACCCCCAUAGCCUUCAGACGAGCGUCUACGCAGCCGCCGGUGCUGUGCUGUCCCUCCCGCGGGCCUUCUCUAAGCAUCUGUUCCACGGCUUACGUGGGGAGACACGGAUUCUCUAUUAAAACACACUGCACCUC